AUGUCGACAUCACAAGUACUGAACCCGAUUUCACUAGAGGACAUUAGUCUAUGCAACGACGACCAAGUUCAGGAGGUUACAUUAAUGGAUUCUAUUACUGUCCUCACCAAAGAAAGAGAGUUGGAUGAAGUUCCUGAGAUAGGAAUGGCAUUUGAAAUGGUUGACAAGGUCAAAGAAUUUUACAAGCAAUAUGCAAUUAGAUGUGGAUUUGGUGUCAGAGUGAGAAGUUCCAGCAAAGGAGAAGACAAUGAAAUAUGCUUCAUCAAAUUGGUUUACAGUCGUGAAGGCAACUAUGUGUCCUACAUCCCUCCUGAAUUGAAAAGUCAACCAACAAAGACUAAAAAUUGUGCUACUUGGAUAACAGUUGUGAAGAAGGCAGCACAGUGGGACAUAAGGAAUGUGAUACUUCACCACAAUCAUGACCUUAGUCCUAUGAAGUCAAGGAUGAUUUGCGAGAACAAAAAAAUUAACGUGCAAGUUAAGCGAACACUGGAUAUGAAUGAUGAAGCGGGUGUGCGCAUUAAUAAAAGUUUCUAA